AAUCGGCGCCUGCUCAUCGCUCCGCCGCUCCGAUGAUGAAGGCCCUCGCCCUUUCGCUCCUCGCAUUAUUGUCAGCCUCCGCCGACCCGACAGAGUCGGAGGCGUCCCGCGAAGCCACUCCGCCGGCGCCCUGGUUCGACGCGCUGCUCCCGCCGGAGGGCUCGGUGUGGCGCACACGCGCCUCUGCGAUCGGCGCCACCUUCCUCAUCUCUCUCGCGCCGGCGGCGAUCCUGCCCAUCAUGCCGACGCCGGCGGCGGGCGACGUGCAGCCGGCGCUGCUCUGCUUCGCCUCGGGCUCGAUGCUCGGAGACGUCUUUCUGCACAUCCUCCCGCACACGCUCGGCGGCGGCCACGGAGGCCACGAGCACGGAGGCCACGCUGCCAGCGGGAAGGACCACGACGACCACGCCGCCCACCAUCACCACCACCACGACGACGAUGACGACCAUGAGGAGGGGCAUCACGACCACCACGAGCAUGAGCGCCACGGCGACGCGGAGCACGGGCAUGAGGGCGAGGGGGGGCACCACCACGGCGACCAUGGGCAUGAGCGGGGCACGGACACAGCCACGCCCAUCACGGCGACUCCGACGGAGGCGGCGGAGGAGGCGGCGGCGGAGGAGGCGGAGGAGGCGGAGGAGGCGGCGGCGGAGGAGGCGGCGGCGGAGGAGGCGGGGACGGCGGCGGCGGCGACAACUCAGACAGCGCCGCGGAAGGGCGCGGGCGGCGACGCUGCGUCGGCGUCGGCGGCGGCGGCGGCGGCGGCGUCGUCGUCGGCGGCGGCGGCGGCGGCGUCGGAGGCGGCGGCGGCGGCGGAGAGUGUCGUGCAGAGGCGCGGCUGGCGGCUCAUGCUCGGCGCCGCGUUCCUGACGUCGUGGGAGGUCGGCGUCUCCGCCACGCUCGCUUGCUUGGCGCACGAGGUUCCGCACGAGAUCGGGGACGUGGCCGUGCUAAUGGCCGCCGGCUUCAGCAAGUGGCGCGCCAUCAAGGCACAGCUCUCGACGGCGCUCGCCGCCCUGGCCGGCACGCUGAUCGCCCUGGCGACGGGCGAGUCCGAGGCGGAGGCGCUGCUCCUCUUCACGGCGGGAGGCUUCAUCUACGUCGCCGCCGUCGACAUCCUCCCGGCGGUGCUCGCCGCGAAAUCGACGCCCGCAGAGACGCUGCUGCAGGCGGGCGCGCUCGCCGCCGGCAUCUGGAUGAUGGUCCUGGUGGCGGCGCUCGAGUAGACGGUUGUGUCUAGCGGUAUGGCGGCGAGCCGGCGCCCGCCGGACCGCCGUUGCCUCCUCUCGGGGGACGGACGGAGUGCAUGAGUGCGGAGAUAGAGUCGGCGCGGUGUUGCCCCGCGAGGCCCUCGCUGCCCCGUGCCCGGCGCCGCCGGAGGGAGAGAAGAGAGGUGGAAUAUUCUUUUGGCCGAGGCGCGAUAUAUGGUC